CAAAGGAACAAGCUCUACAUGACUGAAUGAGAUGGAAGCAGCGCAUGAAGCUCACGACCUGGAAAGCGAGGAUGGCUUACCACAGCGAGCAAAAGAAAGCAGAGCUAGAAGUGAACAGGAAAAAGGAAGGUGCAUGAAAAGUGCUGCUGAAAAGAAAGCUCUAGAAGUUGCAGAUGGAGACAGUCAGAGAGCAGAAGAACAUGUAAAAAAUAUCCCUGAAUCUUCGCUGAACAUAGGUAUAGAGAGAGAAGGAAAUAAUGACAAAGCUGGUAGGAAAUUAAAAAUGAUUACUAGGGUUUUUGAGGAACAAAAAAGGAUAAAUAGGAAGGGAAGAGAAUGGGGUAGACCAAGCAGAACACCUAUUAGAGCUGAAUUGAAGGAGGAUUGGGCUAAAUCUCUACUAAAGCCCAAUGUGGAGAAUCAUCAAAAAAAUGAUAGGCUAGUUGAAAAGGAAGGGAAUAGGUCUAUUGGGAAAUUUUUGAAAGAUCAUUUGAGCAAUAAAUCUGCAGAAAUUAUGGGGAGGAGUUUAGAGGCCCAUAUUAAUUUUACAACCCAUCAAAAUAUUAUAAGCAAAGACACGAAAAUCUGCUUAGAACAUAAGGAAGAAAAUAACGAGAUGCUACAAAGUAACAAACAGAUUUAUAAGACACUUGAUGGUGAUACUUAUUUUGUGGAGCUGGUGGAUGACGAUGAAAAUCAAACUACAAGCAAUGACAAGGCGAUCACAAUAGCAAAAGAUUACAAAAUGGAGUUGGCUCAGAGAAUGCAAAAUCAUCUAAGGCUGAAGAGAAGAAGAAAUGAAGAUCACUUGCAAAUGGAAGAUAUAUAUGAAAAAGAAGAAACAAUGCUGCACUCUCAGAAUGUGUCAAAAAGGAAGAAGUGCUUAAACGAAGAAUGGACAGCGACUAGCUAUCAGCAGUUACAGGGGAGAAGUCAUAUUUUGAAAUACUCAAUGGCUGAGGAGGCGGGCCUUAUCAUGCCCCCAACUCAGCCAUGAGUAUUAUUAGUUGGAAUUGUCGUGGAGUGGCGGCCUCUGCGACAGUUUCGGAGUUACAUAGUCUGUGUAAACAGAUUAAGCCCGCCAUAGUGUUUCUUAUAGAGACUAGAGCUAAGGAAAAAACUAUUACUAGGCUGAAAAAAAGGUUACAUUUUGAAAAUGCUUUUUGUGUAGAAUCCUGGGGUUUGUCCAGAGGGCUAUGUCUCUUUUGGAAUGAAAUAUAUAAAGUUGAUGUUUAUUUUUGGUGUGACAAUUAUAUUAAAGCUCGAAUUGAGGAUAAAAAUGAAAACUCAUGGAUAGGUAGUUUUGUGUAUGGAAACCCGAAUUAUAACAGGAGAAAAGAUCAAUGGAGGGGCAUUACAGCUGGAAACAACAAUGAAGGAGUCCCUCGUCUCUUUAUCAGAGACUUUAAUGACAUUUGAAGUCAGGAAGAAAAAGUUGGACUACACCUGAAACUGUAGAACCAAAUACGAGAAUUCAGAAAGUUUGUGGAUUCUAACUCUUUGAUGGACCUUGAUCUAAAGGGAGGAAAAUUUACCUAGUUCAGCAAUCCAAGGAAUGAAUUUGUGACAAGAGAAAAAAUGAAUAGGGCAUUGGCGAACUGGAAAUGGAUGUUUAUGUAUCAAAAUGCAUCAUUAUCGUUAAUGCCAGCUGUUAGUUCAGAUCAUUAUCCUCUUAUUUUGGAUGUGAUUCCAGUUCAUAGGGUAGAAAAACACUUCAAGUUUGAAGCCUAUUGGGCUGACCACAAAGAUUGUUUUAAUGUGGUCAAGAGGGGUUGGUGUAAGGAAGAGCAAAAUGGCGAUGAAUGGGACAAAAUCAGCAAAAAGAUCAACAAUUGCAAGGAGGAAUUAAAGAAGUGGAGUAAAAUUACCUUUAAAAGAGCCGAUAGAGAGAUCCAGAGAAUGAAAAAGGAAUUGAAAAGACUACAGGAUUUGGACUUCACAGAGGAGAACCAAAGAAUGAUACAACUUCUGAAGGAGAACAUAGCAACAUUAUGGAAACAAGAGGAGAAGUUUUAGGGACAGCGGUCUAGAUUAAAAUGGCUGAGAUGGGGGGACAAAAAUACGGCUUUCUUCCAUUCCAUCACUAUUCACAGAAGAAAAAGAAACAGAAUAGAAAGGCUGAAGAAUGCCUCUGGUCAAUGGUUAAAUAACACAAACGAGAUUAUGGAGCAUAUUGAAGAAUAUUUUCAAAAACUAUUUGCUUCUUCUACUAGACAUGGAUUUGAAAGCACAAUUAAUAAGAUUCCACAGCAAGUUACAGAGGAGAUUAACAAAGAACUGCUCAUGGACAUUACGGAUGAAGAGGUAAGAAAGGAAGUGUU